AUGGCUCCGUAUGAAGCCUUGUAUGGACAGAAGUGCCAAUCUUCGCUUUGUUGGUAUGAAUCUGGUGAAGCAAGUGUUUUAGGUCCUGAGGUAAUAGUAGAGACUACCGAGAAUAUUAACAAGAUUUGUGCAAGGAUUCUAACUGCUCAGAGUCGACAGAAGAGCUACGCGGACCAAAGAAGGAAACUACUAGAGUUUGAAGUGGGAGAACAUGUAUUUCUUCGGGUGACACCGACAACUGGGAUUGGAAGAGCAAUUAAGACCAAGAAGUUGAACCCAAUAUAUAUAGGACCGUUUGAGAUUCUGAAGAGAUUUGGGCCGGUAGCGUAUAAAGUUGCCUUGCCACCUCAUCUGUCUAACCUGCAUGACAUAUUCCACAUGUCACAACUCCGUAAGUACACGUCGGAUGUGGCUCAUGUGCUGGAGCCUGAGUCAGCUGAGUUGAAGGAGAACUUAACUUUCCAAGUAACGCCAGUGAGGAUCGAUGACAUUAAUGUGAAAAAACUGCGAGGAAAGCAUGUUCCAUUGGUUAAUGUUGCUUGGGAGCGAGCAGGAGUUGAAAAGCACACUUGGGAAUUGGAGUCUGAAAUGCGAAAGGAUUUUCCCAAGAUUUUCUCAGAGUUGAAUGGGGAUUAG